UGUAUGAAGUGUGUUGUUUCACUUCUUCGAGAUUCAGCUUACCAUUGGUGGAAGACCCUCGUGUCAGUAGUACCAAGUGAGAGGGUUACAUGGGAUUUCUUUCAGGAGGAGUUCCGAAAGAAGUACAUCAGCCAGAGAUUUAUAGAUCAGAAAAGGAAGGAGUUUCUUGAACUAAAACAAGGUAAAAUGUCUGUGACUGAAUAUGAACGCGAAUUUGUCAGACUUAGUAAGUAUGCUCGGGAAUUUGUAUCCACCGAAGCCAACAUGUGCAAGAGAUUUGAAGAUGGGCUUAAUGAUGACAUCCGACUAUCAGUGGGUGUAUUGGAAAUCAGAGAGUUUGUUGUUCUGGUAGAAAGAGCUUGUAAAGUAGAAGACUUGUUAAAAGAAAAAGAGAAGAGCAAAGCUGAAGCUGGAGCGCAGGAUACAAAGAAGAGGCAAAUGAGUAAAUCAUUUCAGUCUACAUCUAAGAGGCCUAGGGAGCUCUCUAGCGGAUCACAUUUUCCACAGAUAUAUUCUGGCCGAAGCAGAAGUAGAAGAUUCGAGGGUUUUAGAGCUCAAACCACUACAGUUGCAAGUACAGGCAGUACUCGACCUCCUAGGCCUGAAUGUUCUCAAUGUGGGAGACGCCACCCCGGAGAGUGUAGAGCAGGUGAAAAUGUUUGUUUUAGAUGUGGAGCAUCCGAUCACUUUAUCCGGGAUUGUCUGAAACAACUAAAGAGAAGAAAUAACGAGUGCGAGAUCGGUAAUGCUCCUACCGAGGUAGACCGCAGAGAAACCCGUGGGUGGGGCGAGUAA